CUUCUUUUUACCACCGCGAUCCUCGGCUUUGGAGUCUGGACGGAGGUCCGUCUUACUAGAAGCUAGAACUGGUAGGAGCGCUUGCGUGAAAGGCGGACGGAGCGGUAGUGAUAUCCCUGCUGCGUAUAAGAACCGACAGUGUUCUAUAUAUUAGGCCUUCGUCGGCUUUCCCUGGUGUGUUUCAGCUCACGGUUAGACGGAUUGGUCUCUUGCUAUCUGACCCGUCGCCUAACUCAUACAGCUCAGGGAAGCAAGGGGAGCUAUUUGCGACGUAGGAAGCCGCAGCAGCGUGCUAAUGUGCCGAGGGCUGCAGAGACCCUGAACUGCAGCCACGUGGCACUGGGGCUAACCAUAUGACUUCUCGCGUAGGCGUACCUCGUCAACCGACCGUAACUGAUCUCCGCAGUUCGCAGUUCCGUCGACGCUUCGGCGGACGCAGCACCGCCAGAUGACAGGGCGUAUCCUGCUGUAACAGGAGCGAUUCGCUAUCUGUCGUAACUUAUCCAGCUCGCCAUUAACCUACCCAAGGGCCCUCCGUUUUCGAAUAAUCUCUCCGGGGUCUCUUAUUCCCCCAGAAGCGUCUCGGGGGUCACUCGCUAGAGGUCCUAAUCCUCGUCUUAAAGCCCAUGGCGGAGGUAGUAGAGCAAUUCCACUGAAAGGCCCCGGCUCCAGGAGGUGUUUUGUAAAUCGACUAAGUCCUGUAUCCUCCUUACAGAGCGUUCCGAUAGUCAUGGCGAGGCUAGUAGAGCAAUUCCACUGAAAGCCCGCAGGUUCCAGGAGGUGUAUUUUCUCCUCAGACUCGAUUCCGUAUCCUCGUUACAGAGCCUUCCGAUAGUAUACGGGCCGUGAUGGCGAGGCUAGUAGAGAUAUUCCACAGAGGGGUUCCGAGUAGUAGGAGAAGCGUUUUGUAAAUCGGCUAAGUCCUACAUCCUCGUUACAGAACGUUCCGAUAGUCAUGGCGAGGCUAGUAGAGUUAUUCCACAGAGGGGUUCCGAGUAGUAGGAGAGCCGGCGCGAACAGCGAGUGGGGCGCGUACGCGCUGGGUGCGGUAGACGACGAGGAGGGAACCGUCGCCAUGAUGGACGGCGACGUCGACGAAACUGUUGGCGAAAAGAGUAACAGCGGUGGGGGAAAGCGUCAACGACAGCAGCAGCAGCAGCUAUUGUGGCCGCCGCAGUCGCAGCCGCACCAGACGCUGCUUCCGCAGGUGGUGCUUCCCGCGAGCCUAGACGCAGCGGGAAACGCGGCGGGAAAUGCGGGUAGAGGUGCACCGCAGCAGCAAGUGCAGGCAGACGGAAUGCAGCAACAACAGCUUCAGGGGCAGCUGCAGGCGCAGCAGCAGCAGCAGCAGCAAUGGCACCAGCAACAGCAGCAGCGAAACCAGCAAGAUGAUUUAUUCACCUUCAGAGCCACCGCCGCGUCUCCCGCCGUGCAAUCGGAAGCCAUGGAGUGCUACUCGCCCACUAAGCUUAUCCGCACUAAGUCCCUUUCCUUCCACCCCGCCUCCACCACUUUUAACCCCCUCCCCUUCCGCGACCUAACCCUCCCCGCCUACUCCCUCAUCUCCUCCCCGCAUUCCCCCUCGCGCUCUCCCCCGCGCGAGGUCUCCCCCUCGUCCGCGGAACCCAUGUCCGCGGACGCCUUCUCCGCCGCGCCCUUCGGUUCCCCCUACCCUUCUUCCGCCUCCGCAAGCGCGACCUUCCCCGCGAGCUCCCCCCCGUCCCCCUUCCCCCCGCCGUCGUGCGCCGGCGCAUGCUUCUUCCCCGCGGGGGGGCUUCCACCUCCGCCUCAUCCGCCUACGUCUCCGCUUCCGCCUCCUGUUCCGCUUCCGCCGCCGCGGCAGGUGGAUUGCAGGCGCAUGAACCCGCCGCUGGGGCGGUUUAUCUCGCGCCUGUGCGGGUUUCAGUCGGGGAUCAUGCAGCGGCGGCAGCACGUGUUCGUGAUGCACCACGGGGAGCGCGCGGACGCCGCGGACCCGCUCUGGGCGCGGAGAGAAGGGGCGGAGCGGCCGUGGGAUCCGCCACUGUCGGAAUGGGGGAAAUAUCAGGCUUAUGAGGUGGGCAUGCGGUUGAGGCAGGAGGGGUGGGGCGUGACGCGCAUAGUGUGUGCGCCGUACCUUCGCUGCGUGGAAACAGCCCUCGAGCUCCUGCUUGCACUCACCGAUUCGCAACCACCACCCUCUGCUGCUGCUGCGGCUGCUGCUGCUGCUGCUGCCGAUGGUGCUGCUGCUGGUUGUAGCACUGCCGUUGCAACUGCUGCUGCUGCUGCUGCUGCUGAUAGUCCUGCUGGUAGCAUCGGUGCGAGUAGCAACAGCAAUAGCAGCAGCAGGAGCAGCAUGGUACCUGGGGGCAGCAGCUUCCUCUCGUCCUUCUUCUCCUCGCGGUUUCGCCGCAGCAAUCUCAGCGGCCGGCAUGCUGGUUCAGACACUGGUGCUGGCAGUGGUGGCGCUUUAAGCUCUGCGUCUGCCCGCCAGCAGCACCUUAUGAGGCGAAGACAGCAGUCAUCCCUCAAGCCCCAGCCGAGCCUGGCCCUUCCCCCGGACCGGAAGCGCAAGUUCGGCAUGUGGGAUGGGGGGGGCCAGGGAGGGGGAGAGGUGAAGGUGACAGUGCAGUAUGGGCUGCAUGAGGUCGUGCGGCAGGUGGGAGGGGAGGAGGGGGCGGCAGCUGCAGCAGCAGAGCUUUUCUCACAGGCUGGAAUAAUGAGGGCAGGGUUUGGUGAUGCUCCUACCGCUGACACUACCAAUGCUACAACCACCAACACCACAACCACCAACACCACAACCACCAACACUACAACCAUUGCUAACUUCGCAUCUGCUGCCAUUAACAACGCUGCCACCACCAUUAGUGCCAACACUGCCAGCAGCGCUGCUGCCUCGCUGGCGCCUCGCGAUUGGCUGGAAGCCAUGUUUCCUCCGGGCUCUGUGGAGAGGAUCUUGCCAGGUGUCACUGGGAUGGCAGCUGCUGCUGGUGCUAGUGGUGCUGACGUGGCGCUGCCAGGCUGGCCUGAGGACGUGGAGGAAGCAGCAUUACGGCUGCUUCGAUCGAUUGACCAAGUGGCGGAGCAGUGGCAGGAUGAGAACAUAAUCGUUGUCAGCCAUUCUGAUGCCGUGCAUGCAUCCAUCCUCCGAUGCCGAAAGCAUGCUACUGUUCACAACAUCUUGACAGCAGGAUACGUGCACACGCAGAGGAAUGUGUAUCGGGACCAGGAGGACGAGGAGGAGAGAGGGGUCGGCCAAUGGCAGCUCGCUUCUCGCUCUGGGAGCACAGGGAUAUUUUACAACUAGUCUGCUCUCCUUCAUACUCGCACGAUGCACGUGUGCUUGUAAUGGCUGAAGAUAUGCGCACACACAAAGGAAUAUGUAUCGGGACCAGGAGGAGGGGGUGGAGAGGUCUGGGCCAAUGGCAGCUCACUUUUUGCUCAGGGAGAGCACAUGGCUCGCCGCAAACUAGGCUCUAGCUUUACUACAGUGCGGGUAGUAUUUGCAGCAUGCGAGUACUAGCAUAAAAAAAGUAGCGAGCAUUAAAUUAUAGGGGGGUUCAAAGCAUUCAGUGCCCUCCAAACUCAGGGUAACAUUGACGUUCGUUAAGGAACAGUUCUACAAGGGUGAAUAUGUUGCUAUAUGUUAACCAUAAAACACUUUCGAGUGAGGUGGAAAGAUUUUUAUUUU